ACACGGUUUAUGGCAGGUGAGGUUAGGGACUAUUGGACUAAUAUUAAUUAUUAGGUUCUAACUUCUAAACUUCCAAGUUCUUAAUAAAAAAAAACAAUUUACCUAUUAUAUUUUGAAUUUUUUUUAAGUUUUCUUUCAUUAAAGAUAUAUUUUAUAUUUUUGGUUUUGGUUUAUGUUGAUGAAUUUAUUAAACCAUGGGUAUUCUCGAAAAAAUAUCGGAAAUCGAAAAGGAAAUUAACAGAACUCAAAAAAAUAAAGCUACUGAAUACCACUUGGGCUUAUUAAAAGCUAAACUUGCUAAAUAUCGUGCUCAAUUGUUAGAACCAUCUAAAAAACAAGAAAAAGGAGAAGGAUUUGAUGUUUUGAAGUCUGGUGAUGCUAGAGUAGCUUUGAUAGGUUUUCCAUCUGUUGGUAAAUCAACCCUUUUGAGUACAUUAACACAUACAGAAAGUGAAGCAGCUUCAUAUGAAUUUACUACUUUGACUUGUAUUCCUGGAGUUAUCGAAUACAAAGAUGCCAAUAUUCAGUUAUUGGAUUUACCUGGUAUCAUUGAAGGUGCAUCUCAAGGAAAAGGUCGAGGUAGACAGGUUAUAGCAGUCGCUAGGACUGCCGAUUUAGUAUUGAUGAUGCUAGAUGCUACUAAGCAAGAUAUUCAACGUCAGUUAUUAGAAAAAGAACUGGAAAGUGUUGGAAUACGUUUAAAUAAACGGAAGCCGAAUAUUUAUUUUAAAGUAAAGAAAGGUGGUGGAUUGGCAUUUAAUGCUACUUGUCCAUUAAGCAGAGUUGAUGAAAAACUUGUUCAAGUUAUUUUACAUGAAUAUAAAAUAUUUAAUGCAGAAGUUCUAUUUCGAGAAGAUUGUACACCUGAUGAACUAAUUGAUGUAAUUUCUGACAAUCGAGUUUACUUACCAUGUAUGUAUGUGUACAACAAAAUUGAUCAAAUAUCUAUCGAGGAAGUAGACAGGAUUGCCAGACAACCUAAUAGUGUUGUAGUCAGCUGUAAUAUGAAACUGAAUCUUGACUAUUUACUGGAAGUACUGUGGCAAUAUUUAUCAUUGAUUCGAGUAUAUACCAAAAAGCCAGGUCAACCACCAGAUUUUGAUGAUUGUUUAAUUUUAAGAAAAGGUGUAACUGUAGAACAUGUUUGUCAUUCAAUUCAUCGUACCUUAGCAGAGCAAUUUAAAUAUGCUCUAGUUUGGGGUACAAGUACAAAAUAUUCUCCUCAAAGAGUGGGUCUGCAGCAUAUUAUGCACGAUGAGGAUGUUAUACAAGUUGUAAAAAAAUAAAAAUGUUUACAUUAAAAAAAAAAAAAAUUAAAUUUACUAGUAUUAAAAUAUAUAUUAUUUAAAAAAUGUAUGAUUAUAAUAUAUAUUUAUAUUGGUGAUAAUUAAAAAUUAUAAAACAAUUAAAGGAAAAUAUUUAUAUUUAAC